AUGGGUAGUGCGUGUACAGGUUUAUCAAUCGGAUCUUAACAAAAGUAAAAUAAUUGUGGUUUAGAAAGUGAUUGCAAUUCAAUAAAAAGAGCAAUUUUUGAACAUCCUAAAUAAGUUCAGGAUUCUGUGAGCUCGAUUUCCUCUUAUUCUGAUCAAUAAUCUUCUCGUCCUUUACGAAUUGUAGGUUAAUUUAAAACGUAAGAUUGGAUUUACAUAAAUAAGAGUGAAAAAAAUGAUACUACAAGAAGAGUUAAUAGUAGUUUGAAUGAAAACAGCUUAAGUCCACUCAAAAAAGAUUAUGCUUUUUCUGAUUUGUCUGUGGAACUGAUAGCUGAUGAAUAAGUAAAAUUAAUAAUUCCAAAUAAAAUUAAAAAGUCAUGGAGUAGAAGAAGAGUAACUUCUAAGGUAGAUUUAUUAAAUAAGGUAAAAUAAAUGAAAUACCAUGAGAAAUUCAAAAGAAGAAAAACUUGA